AUGCCCGGCGGCCCCCCGACAAACGAUACGACGGACCCCCCGGCGCCCCUCGUCAGCUCCUGGCGGGCGCGCGUCGACGCCGGCGAGCCCGUCGCCGUCGUCCGCGUGCGCAACCUGCAGGCCUCGAUCCCCGUCGGCCGCGACGCUUGGGGCAGGCCCGGCGUCCUGCAGCCCGUGCUGCUGUCUUCGGAAGUCUCCUUCGCGAGGCCGUUCUCAGGUAAUGCCGCCGCCUCCACUUCGGGCGACACGGAUGAGCUCGACGCCGGGACCGUGCACUACGGUAGUCUGAGCAAGACGCUGCUCUCGAGCCUCGAGCUGUGGGGGCAGGCUAACAUGCCUAAGACCGCGGGGGGCACGGCGACAGCGACGACGGUGCCGGCGACCGGGUUCGCGGCCGAGGUCGAGGCGCCGCGGACGAGCGAUGUGCUGGAGCUGCUGUGGGUAAGGAUGACGGGGCGCGUGGUCGACGGCAGCCGCGUGGCGCUGCCGCUGGACCAGCUGCCGUUCCUCGACGCGGCGAAGCUGCGCUCGCUGGUGCUUACGAUCGGGUUGCCGAAGGCGUCGCUGCUCGGGGCUGGGGUUAGUCUUACUACGACGGCGAGCUUUAGGGAGGAGUUUGGGGAUAAGGGGGAGGGUAAGGGUGAGGGUGAGGGGGAGAAGGGGGGUGGGGAGGAGAAGGAAAUGGUGAAUAGUAAGAAUCCUUUAAGGUCGUACUCGCGGUGUCUACGGAUUCGCGGCUUGCAUGUGCCGACGCUGAUUGGGGUUAACUCGAACGAGCGCGAGGCGAGGCAGAUGGUUGUUGCGGAUGUGGAGAUUGAUAGGUUUGAUGCUGUGGAGGAUGUGCAUAGUGAUCUUGAGAAGAUUAUAGUUGAGACGAUAGAGGCUUCAUCGUUCAAGACGCUCGAGGCCCUCGCAUCCCAUGUGGCGAAUAGGAUACUGUCGGAUUUCAGAAUCGGCGAUAGCCCGGCGCCUAUGAAGGAGCGGGGCUGGAAGGUCAGGGUCUGCCUCGAGAAGCCGAUCGCUGUCCCUUUUGCGGAGUGUCCUUCUGUUGAAGUGAUUAUGGAAUAA